AAGUGAUGAUGAAGAAGGAGGUGCCGAUGAUGUUGCUGUCAAUUUGGAAGGCCGGCAAGAUGGAUCAGGAGCUGGAUUUAUGGAUAAAUUUUUUGAGGAGGUGGAAGGUAUCCGAGGGAUGAUAGAUAAGAUUCAAGCAAAUGUGGAAGAAGUUAAGAAAAAACAUAGUGCAAUUUUAUCUGCACCUCAGACUGAUGAAAAGGUGAAACAAGAACUGGAAGAUCUUAUGGUGGAUAUAAAAAAAACUGCUAAUAGAGUCCGUGCCAAACUCAAAGAAAUUGAACAGAAUAUAGAAGCAGAAGAGCAAUCGAACAAAUCAUCUGCAGAUUUAAGAAUACGCAAAACACAACAUUCAACAUUGUCACGUAAAUUUGUUGAAGUGAUGACAGAAUAUAACCGUACACAGACAGAUUACAGAGAACGUUGUAAAGGGCGAAUUCAAAGGCAAUUAGAAAUAACGGGAAGAACAACUACCAAUGAUGAACUUGAAGAAAUGUUAGAGCAAGGGAACCCGGCUGUGUUCACGCAAGGCAUAAUUAUGGAAACACAACAAGCUAGGCAAACAUUGGCUGAUAUUGAAGCCAGACAUGCUGAUAUUAUAAAGCUGGAAAACUCCAUCAGAGAACUUCAUGAUAUGUUCAUGGAUAUGGCAAUGUUGGUAGAAAAUCAGGGAGAAAUGAUUGAUCGAAUUGAGUAUCAUGUUGAACACGCCGUGGAUUAUGUACAGACGGCAACUCAAGAUACUAAGAAAGCAUUAAAAUAUCAAAGCAAAGCGAGAAGAGUAAGUCAAAAGGCGUAGAAGUUUGCAAUGGUCCCACUCGCUUUGCUGAUUGCAUUUGUUUGUUUUUGUAGGUUUUAUUUCUUAUUUGAUAUUUGUUUGUAUUUAGAAAAAUUAAAUACUAUUUAAUAGUUUUUAGUUGAUGUAAUUUAAACUGAUUGCAAUUGAUUUAUGAUUACUAAAAAUUAUUGUUUUGUUUUGUUUUUUUKCCUUUUCAACAUUUUUCGCUUACUUUUGUUUUUAUUGUUUUUAUUAUAWAAAUAAUUUUGGGAUUUUCAUCUAAUAAUUCCUUAUCCCAAUCUUGUUCCAACUGAAAAUGUUAUCCAAAAAA